AUGCUAAUAUUUGGCCUAGCCACUUCGUUAGAAGUUGGCAUAGCUGGUGCAGGCCCUCCGCCUGUAUUCAAUGUCCUAAACUUCGGAGCGAAGGGAGAUGGUUUUGCAGAUGACACACAGGCUUUUUCAAAAGCAUGGGCGGCCACAUGCUUGGCGACUACAGGACCACCAACAAUGUAUGUGCCUAAGGGCAGGACUUUUCUUGUGUCGCCCAUAACAUUCAAGGGUCCUUGUAGAUUCCAGAAAGUUUUAUUUCAGAUGGAAGGCACACUGAUAGCACCAAACGAUCCCAGGUGGUGGAAAGGAAUCGAUCCAUCUCGCUGGUUGCAGUUUCAGCAUGUUGGUACACUGAAUGUCUUUGGUGGAGGUAUAAUAAAUGGUCGAGGGCAAAAUUGGUGGAAACAAUCAUGCAGAGAUAACCCAAAACCGGGAUGCACUCAUAUUGCACCAACUGAGCUGGUUUUUAAGGAGAUUGACAAGCUCAUCCGCGAGAUAUUUUUUGUUUAUACUUGUAUUGCUGCCAAGAACCAACAAUAUCUAAAUGUGCACGUAACGAUGCAAACUGUUACUAUGGCAAUAACAUUUGAAGAUUGCAAUGACCUCUGGGUGAGGGAUCUGCAGUCUGUUGACAGUCCACAAGUACAUAUGCUCCUCUUUAACUGUCAACGAGCGACUCUUUCAAACCUCAAGAUGGUUGCUCCUGAACUUAGCCCCAACACUGAUGGUAUCCAUGUUCAAAAUUCACAACACAUAUAUAUCCAAAAUUCAACCAUGCAAACAGGUGAUGAUUGCAUAUCUAUUGGAGAUCUUGUUAACGAUGUUCAUAUAGACCAGAUUGUCUGUGGACCAGGACAUGGCAUUAGCAUUGGAAGCUUAGGAAGGUAUGGCAGUGCAGCUUCAGUUGAAGGUAUAACCGUUAGGUAUUCAAACUUUUAUGGGACAACAAAUGGAGUAAGAAUCAAGACAUGGCAGGGAGGAAAAGGGUUUGUAAGAGGAAUCAGGUUUGAGCAUUGCAACUUCACCAAAGUUGAUAAUCCUGUAAUCAUUGACCAGUAUUAUUGUGAUGCCCCUGGCAAUUGCCCACCUCAGAAUAUAAAUGCAGUUCAAAUCAGCAACGUAACAUAUGCAAAUUUGUAUGGAAGUUCAAGCACCCCAGUUGCAGUAAGUCUUAACUGUAGCCAGAGUGUACCGUGCACGUUGAUGGAGUUUGAUACUUUGAAUAUUUUCUCACCAAACAACGGGAAAGAGGUGAAGUUUUCUGCUUUUGCUUAUGCAAUGGAAUCUAGUGGAAAGUACUUCCAUUCAAAAACUCGUUACUUGUUGGCAUUUUAA